CAUGUCAUCUAUUUUGAAUAAAUUUAAGAAGCAGACAACUAAUGAUACUCCUAAUGGAAUUAAAUUCGAAAAUACAUCUUUUGGCCAAUAAGCAGGAACUUAUUAACCACCAAUAAUCCCUGCUGUUUAAUUAACCUAAUCUAAUUAACCAAGAUAAAAAGGUAGACCAGGUGGAGGUAAGAAUAAAUGAAUUAUAAUAAGGUUGGGAUGAUGAACCAUAGACUUAACCAGAACAAACUAGUAUUUCAACUAAUAAAGCAACCAACUCAAUUAAUUUAUUGAACAAUACUCCACCAAAAUAAAAUAAUGACUAAAAAAGUAAUCAUGAAGUUCUUCUGCCUCCUUAACCUGUUAUAGGGAGUGUUUAAUUGAGUAGAAUUACAGACUACAGAAAAGGCUAGCUGUUAACUUAUGAAGAAUUAGAAUUAGGAGGAUUGUAUAAAAAGUUUUAAUACUUAGUGAUUAUGAAUUUCAUCUUGUAGAUGAAGUCAUUAAAUUAGGUGGAAUAAAGUUAAAGCAAAGUGACAACGUUCUAAAAGAUUUCUCAAGAUCCAUAGCAACUAUUUAAGAUUAACUUAUAGGAAGCAUACUUUUAAAUAAAUUGCAUAGCGAGGAUAACUGGAAAGUUUAGAUUGUAAGAUUUUCAUUAAAUUAUUAGAGAUGUAUAUAUGCUAUUCAAUAUAUAUGUCAAUAGUUUUAAAAUUAUAGAGAAUUCUUUUAAAUCAAUUAAUAAUAUCUGAAGGUAGACACGGAUUAAUAAUUACUCUCAGGAGCUAUUGAUUAGACAUUAGCAGAAGUUAAUGGUUAAAAAGUUUCAAAGCAAAAAGUAAUUAAUAAUUAUUAAAUAAAAAGGAAUUUGAAUUUGAAUUUAGAGAACCACCUAAAAUAUAAUAACCUCUCUAAAGCUAACAGCCAAAUUUAAUAGAUAUUUUAGAUGUUACUUCUACUGAUUCAUAAUAAUAAAAGUAACAGCAAUAAAAACUUAAUUUAAAAUAACUAAAAAUCAAAUAACCAACUGCUUAAAUAUAAUAAUAACCUACAGUAUAAUAAUAGCCUCUAGUAUAGUAAUAAUAACAAGUACAAUAGAAAAAUACAUAAUAAAUUAAUUUGUUAGAAGCAUUUAGUGAUAUAUCUUUAGAAAAUUAUAAUUAAUAAUAAUUCUAACAAACAUAAUAAUUAUCAUAUUAAUAUUAGCAAUAACCUUAAAUCUAGUAAUAAUAAUAGAAUCAAUAUUAAUACUAAUAAUAACAAUAAUAAUAAUAAUAAUAAUAAUAAUAAUAAUAAUAAUAAUAAUAAUAAUAAUAAUAAUAAUAAUAAUAAUAAUAAUAAUAACAAUAAUAAUAAUAAUAAUAAUAGAUUUAGAAUGGAAUAAGUUUUGAUGAUUUACUAAAUUCAUAGACAACAAAUCAAUAGUAAACUUAACCAAAAAAAAAUGCCUUUGGAUUCUUAAAAAAAGAUUAAUAAUAAACAACAAUCUAAAAUAAUUAAUAAAUUCAACAGCCAAUUAAUUUACUUAAUUCUCCACCAUAAUUUUAUCAAUAACCUUAAAUCAAUAAUUAAGUUCCACAAUAGUAAGCGUAAUUUAUUUAUAAUCAAUCUCAAAGCAAUUAAAAUUAAUAGAUGUAUUUACAACCCCAAACACAAUUUAACAAUCAAUAAUAAUCCUAAAAUAAUAAAAAGGAUCUAAUCGAUUUUCUAAAUAUGUGA